AUGGCGGCGCUUUCAAACGACGAUGGCAUUUGCGCCAUCUUUGUCCACGCUGGGGCUGGCUUCCACAGCUUCGAGAACGAGCACAAGCAUCUGAAGGCUUGUGACGCGGCCACCACUACCGCCAUGAAGUUCUUGAAGAGCGGUGGUACUGCUGUUGACGCCGUCGAAAUGGCCUUGAAAGUGCUCGAGGAUGAUCCCAUCACCAAUGCUGGAUAUGGAAGCAACUUGAACCAUGAUGGCGUGGUUGAGUGUGAUGCCUCGAUUGUCGACCAUCGAGGAAAAAGUGGGGCUGCCGGCGCUGUGCCCAACGUGAAGAACCCUAUUUCGCUCGCCCGAAAGAUCUAUGAUCAGUCCAACAGGAGUGUCGGCAUCUCGAGAGUGCCUCCCAACUUCGUCGUUGGAGAAGGCGCCAGAGACUUUGCGUGGGAGAAUGGUCUGGCCGUCGUGCCAAACGAGGAUUUGGUUCACCCUGGCGCGGGUGGGCGUUGGCGACAAUGGAAAGAUGACGUUGACGAGUAUGAGCGUUAUCAUAGCAAGACGACUACUGCCCCUUGGCUUCAUCGGUCUUUGACCCCAAUGCAGGAUCGUCUCAACCGGCUGAAGGAACGCGAGAAAUUAGCUACAGUUGAUCGUGAAGCAGCCGAGGAAGGGAUGUCUGACUUGGGCGAAACCUACUCGGGAGGACAUGCCACUGACACUAAGACUGUCUCGUCCUUGUCGUCUCGCGAUUGUAGCCCCGAGGUGGAGACUGAUACCGAGGCAAAAAGUGAGGCUAAGCUCAGCACCAGUGACCAAGAUGAUCUUGAUAUGAUCACAGACACGGUUGGUGCCAUUGCCAUUGACAAGUGGGGAAACAUUGCCGCGGGAUCUUCUUCUGGUGGCAUUGGCAUGAAGCACCGUGGCCGAGUUGGACCUGCAGCUCUUAUUGGCAUUGGCACUCACAUCAUCCCAAUAGACCCAACUGACCCAGAUCAGACCACGGUUGCGUGCGUUACAUCUGGAACUGGAGAGCUUAUUGCCUCGUCCUUCGUGGCUUUCACUCUCUCACAGCGCGUCUACUUCGGCCAGAAGAAGUGUGCAAACGGCAAAUUUGAGCCGGCUGUGGACCAAGUCGUCAUCUCUGAGAUGUUCAAGAAUGAGUUUACCGGUUACCCUGCCGUGGCGGACAGCUUCAUCUCUGGCUCUCUCGGAGCAUUGAUCGUGAGAAAAGAUGUCUAUGGCGUUGAGCUCUUCUUUGCCCACAACACCGAGUCUUUUGUCAUUGGCACCAUGGCCAGCAACCGAGAAAAGCCCGUGUGCGUGAUGUCCCGCGGCCCCAAAGGAAGCAUCUUGCAGGGAGGUUGUCGCGUCCGCUUCUAA